AUGAAAUGUAGCGGAAAAGUGGGCUACUUUUUGAAUUUGAAAAAAGAAUAUGGAGACAGAGCUGAAGCGCUGAUGAAAAAAUUAGAGGAAGGAAAAGCAAUCCAAGCUGCAUUUAUAAAUGAUUUCAUAAAAAUAGAUUAUAUUAAUAUACUCAAAGUUUUAUUGUAUAUGAUAAAAGAUAAAAAAGUGAAAACGAGUUUUGGUGGUUUAUUUGUCGAUGAAAAAUAUGCUAAUUUAUUAACCUAUUCUGAUACUUCACAAAAUAAUAAUAAUAAUAUAUCAUACGAAAUAAUAACUCGAAAUAAUUGCAAACAUAACGAAAAUUCUAACUCUAUAAAGUUUUCUUCUCAAUUGGACUGUAACGUCAUUGUGGAAUAUAAUACCAGCAAGGAUAAUGCAAAAAAUGGCUUAUAUGAAAAAACUGAAUCAAAUCUGGAUUAUAAAAAAAUAACAAUAAGUAGAUCAGAGCUACUAAAUAUAGAUGGUAUUAUAAAAUAUGACGGAAUGAUUGAAAAUGUAGAGAAACUAGCAUAUUAUUUAAACCCGUGUUCUUUUUUGUCUGCUUAUUUUUUAGACGUAAAAAAAAAUGAAAACGUAUUAGAUAUGUGUGCAUCCCCAGGGGGAAAAUCUCUUAUUAUUGCAAAUAAAUUAUUUGGUUUUGAUAUUUCGCCUUUAGAUCGAAUUAAUAGCAUCGAUAUUCUAAACGAUAAAUAUAUUGAAAUAAAUUGUUGUAUGAAUGUUUUAAAUUAUUAUAAAGUAAAUAUGAAAGGAUGCCUUGUUGUUAACGAAUAUAAUAAAGGAAGAUAUGAAAGACUAAAACAAGUAUUGUAUAAGCAUUUACCAAAUGAUUUAAUAAAAUCGGGUAAUUUACAUAUAACUAACUAUAAUGGGCUUCAGUUAAAUUCAUUUAUCAGAUUUCAAAAAUUUCAUAAAAUAUUAUUGGAUGUUCCAUGUUCUACUGAUGAACAUUUAAUAAAAAAAGGGACAAAUGAUAUAAAUAAAUGGACUUUUAAUUCUAUUAAAAAUAAUUCUAAUAUUCAAUAUGAUUUACUUGUCAAUUCAUUUUAUUUGCUUCAUAAAAAUGGAGUUAUAAUUUAUUCGACAUGUGCAUUAUCUCACUAUGAAAAUGAUUAUAAUAUUGAAAAAUUUAUUAAAAAAUUUAAAAAGGAAGUUCAAAUUUUAGAUUUUUUAGAGGAUGAAUACGAACGAGUUUACAAAGAGGAAAUAAUGCAUAACCACCCCAUUGAAAAUGAUAGUCACAUAUCUUGCCAUUGUAAAAUGGGAACACCUGAAUCCUGUACAUAUCAUAACAAUCCUAAUGUUUCCUGCACAAAUGCAAAGAACUUUUCUGAAUUUAAAAAAAAUACAAGCUUUUUAAAAUUUUUCGAAAAAACAAAAUAUGGUUAUAUUUCCCUUCCAGAUAAAUCCCCUUUUGGAAUUUUAUACAUUUGCAAAAUUAAAAAAAUAUAA